AUGAGCUACUUCCGCAUCACCCUCGUCCGCUCCGCCAUCGGUCUCCCCCGCCGCACCACCGACGUCCUCAAGGCCCUCGGCCUCAAGAAGCGCAUGGCCACCGUCUUCCACGCCGUCUCGCCCUCCGUCGCCGGUCAGAUCAUGAAGGUCAAGGAGUUGGUCGAGGUCAAGGAGGUGGACAAGCGAUUAACGAAGCAGGAGGUGCGCCUGGAGCGCAAGCCCGACCCGGGCUACUACAUCGAGAAGUACUCCGGACGGGAAUACAAGGAGAACAGAACCGCAUGA